AUGCAAACAAAUUGUAUUGAAACAAUUUAUUCAAUAGAUAAAUUUAAUAUAUAUUCUACGGAGUGGAAUGUUGAAAAACCACAAGCUAUGCUUAUUUUAAUUCAUGGGUUUUGUACUUAUGCUGGUGUGAUGAAAAGAAUGGCUAAUAUGUUAGUUUCACAUAACAUCUUAUUGUGUAUGCCAGAUUUACCUUAUCAUGGAAGGUCAAGUGGUGAACCAAAAGGAUGGGUAAAUUCAUUUACUACAUUUACUGAAGUGUGUAAUAAAUAUAUUGACCAAGUAAAAGAAAAAUAUAAUCCAAAUAGGACAAUUCCAAUAUAUAUUAUGGGACAUUCAAUGGGUGGAUUAAUUGUUUCAAUUAUUGCUCGUCAAAGAAAAGACUUAAAAGGAGUAAUUGGGAGUGCACCAGCAUAUGAAAUUAAUAAUACUAUGGUGAUGCUAUUUUAUUUAAUAAUAGUCGUUGUCUUAUAUUUUAUUCCUAAAUUAUAUUUACCAUCACAAUAUUCUGAUAAAGAAUUUCCACGUAAAGAAGUUCGUCAAAUGUUUGAAGAAGACCAAUAUGUUACAAAAGGUAAAACUUAUCUUAAGACGAUUGUUGAAAUGACAAAAUAUGGUGAAAGAGAAAAGUAUAGUGAUAUAUUUAUACCAUUUUUAUUAAUUCAAGGGACAAAUGAUGAGUCUGUAACAAUGGAAGGGGCUCAAAUUAAAUCCACUCAUUUAAAAAAUCAAUAUAGUCAAUUUCUAAUUUAUAAAGAUUGUAUUCAUUGUCUGUAUGAAGAAAAGAACUUAGAAGAACAAGUAAUUAAUAUUAUUCAUUGGAUUCAAAAAGUAAAUAACCACAAUAACAUGAAAUAA